GAGUUUCAUCAAUCAAUCGGAAGCGGAAUUGCUACCAGUGAGGUGCUUGUUUGACUUCUCCAGAGGUGGUUCUCGCAAACCGGUGACCUCCUCUAGGAGUGGAUUUUUUUUUCUUUUCGUUUGGUUGAUAAGAUUUAUUUUAUUUUCGGGUGGUCCACUUUCAGAAUUGUUCAGUCAAAAGGUUACAGUGAUACUCGCGCACAGAACUUAAAAUAUUAACGUAGACCGUGAAAGUGUGCGGUGGCAAGUUUUAGAACCAUAUCGCGUGUAUUGUUCCAAUGCUUCAGUAGAUUCGGCAACCAGUGCAAAACGUUCGCACAAACUUGAAGGAAACAAAUUACAUAUUCAUUCGUUGUUGAAUCCUUUAGCCGAGUGGUAAUCCUUUUACCGGAGUCACGCUACCAGGCGAAGGCUACGACAGCUCUCGGUAGUUCUCGGUCAAGAUUCUGCAACCCUCUUUUGUGCUGUUGUGUCGUUUGAUGCUCGUUUGCCGGAAAGGCAAAGGAUUUGUGAAAGCGCGCCACUUCAUCAACCCGGCCGAGCCUUCGAAAAAGGGGGGUGUACACACUUGAACUGAACAAUUCUGUAAACUAGUAGAGUGUAGCAGAAGUGAUAGUAAAAUUUCCCAAGAUCCUGGUACAGUUGUGAGUAGUGGGUGGUGAAAUUCGCUUUCUUCCCGAAAGUGCUGGUGCAACGGUCGGCGAUGCAGAUAGAACGACGACUGGCGGCGCUGAUCCUGGCAGUGCUGUGCUGUAGCUUAGGAACCGUCCACAGCUGGCCCAUCACCAAUCCGGAAAUGGUGGACAGUUUGAUUUUCUCCAACCCGGAAGCGGCCACCCCCUCCAUGAGGGACAUCCCUCAGUGGCACUGCCUGCGGUACUUCAAGCACGACAUCCACCUGAUGCGACGCUGUCGAAACUACCGCUUGCACAUGCUCCGGAGACCGAACGACAUGAUGUAAAUCGGUAUGGAGCGCAGGAAAUGCU